AUGAUAGAUCACCUCCUGGGUCGCCCUACUCCAUCCUGGAAGAGAGUCCAGGUAUUCCUGGUGAUCUUCUUUUGGCUAUGGAGGAUUUUGCACGGAAACCCAGGCGGCCCUCGCCUUCUGUGGUUGAGACAAAGCUGCUGUACAGAACGAUUCACUCCAUGGCAGCUCAUUGUGAGCACACUGACUGGCGUCUACACCGUGCGCAAUCUUGACAAGAUCCUAGGGCUAGGAGGCAAGUGCUCUACUCUGACUGAGGGCUAUUCGCCCUCGUACUAUCGUGCGACCUGGAUUAACACAGGUCUCGAUGCGGGUUUCGCCACUGCCAUGUCAAUUCGUCCGAAGUGGCUCAAGGACUUUUGCUCCGUCCUCUUUGCUGUAUACUACAUCAUAUAUGCCCACGAAGCUGAUGAGAAGCUACGUAAAUUCCGAGCUGUCCCGACUGUCGAAAUGCUCCGCACGACUUGGGAGAAGACAGCCAAUCCAUAUGUCAGUAUGGUUCUUCCAAUGCUUUCGCGUCGGACCUCAUAUCUCUUAUGCAGAUACGUGCUGCUUCCCCGUCCUCAUGACUCAGCCUAUAAGCGACCUGUGACUGCCUGGCUGUUCUUUGCUCCUCCAGAGCAUCACCUUGCUCGAGCGACUGACCUUAUUCUUGAUGUACCUGGGGGUGGUUUCAUCUCCAUGACCCCAGAACAUCACGAGGAACGCCUGCGCAUGUGGGCUGUGCGCACGGGCAAGCCCGUCGUAUCGAUCGACUACGGCAAGGCGCCGGAAUACCCAUACCCAUAUGCUGUGGAUGAAUGUUUCGACGCUUACCGCUCGCUGGUCGACUCUGGUGGACAGAUCGUGGGCAUGUCCGGGCACAAGCUGAACAUUAUCCUGUCCGGCGACUCUGCCGGUGCACACAUCGCGACAUGCGUCGUGCUGCGCAUCCUCGAAACGCAGCUCGCAAUUCAACGGCCCGCCGCGUUCGUGCUCUCUUACGCAACGCUGGACUUCAACUUUACCUCCUGGAUGACGCCCGCGAACCUGCGUGUGCUGCACCCGCUCUCGAUGGUCGGCACGCGCCGGCCCGUGCGCCGCCGCCGAUCCUGGCGUGAUGCACUCCGCACGUUGUCCUCCACAAGCCCAGACGCCGUUCACACCCCCGCGCUUGCAGAAAGAUUGCCGGGGUCCGCGUCGCAGGACGACGAGGCCGGUGACAUGGCGGAUGUGGAGGACGAUGCCGAGCCAAAGCGCUCGUCAGAAUCGGCAAAAGCGCUUCAAGCUCGCGUGCGCUUCCACCCACAUGUUCAUGAGGUCGCCCCCGAGGGGAAUCAGAAGGAGAAGGAGUCCCCGCCUCCGUCCAAGGAUGUCGUCCAAAGCACGCACCUACGAGCACCUGAGGAGCCUCACGCCCCGGCGCAGGAAAAUGCGCCGCUGGGAACACGGCUAACGAUGACGAGCCGUACCGGGUACUUCCAGGACCGCAUCAUUUCGCCCAGCAUGAUGCGCGCAAUGGCGAUUCUGUACAUCGGCCCGUUCCGCAACCCGGAGUUCAGCAGCGACUACUACCUCUCGCCCAUCCUCGCGCCGAGCCGUCUGCUCGCGCAGUUCCCGCCGCUGCUGAUGUCGUGUGGGGAGAAAGACCCGUUCGUGGACGACACUGUGAUCUUCGCGGGGCGCGUGCGCGAGGCAAAGCGCGCGCGGCGAGCCGAGCUCGACGCUAUGCUCGCAGGAGGUAAAGGCGCGGGGAAAGAUCACGAUGUACGGGCCCUGAGGCGGGAACGUGACCUACUCGCGAGCCAGGGCGACGAGGAUUGGGUGACGAUGCACAUCUUUUCAGAAUGGAGCCACGGGUACCUGCAGAUGCCAAUGCUGAUGCAGGAGGCACGCACCGUGAUCAACGACCUUGCCGACUGGAUGGACGGCCUGUUCGCGAAGCUGAACCUGGAUCCCGUGCGGUCGAAAAGGGAGAGGGCGGCCGCCGCGAACGAUUUCGUGCGGGGAAAGCGUGUGUCACCGCCACGUGUGUCCAGGUCCAGGACGGCUCUUCCCCCGAUGGAGAGCGGAUCGACGUCUGUGACCGAAACGGAGCAGGAGACCGAGACAGACGAUGUCUUGACCUUCGAAACUAAGAAGAGGGCAUCGCCACAUCCGAAGCGACGGUCGUCGCAGACAUCGCCGACACCGAGUGAACAAUCUGCUCCAUCGAGCGAGGACGUACUGCCGCCCCCACACCCCUCGCUUGAGCGAACCGAUAGUGAAGACACCGCCAUCGGUGAGCCCGCGGGAACAAGAUUUGAUCUGUUCGAUAUCGUCCCGCAACAGUCGGGGAGCGGGAGCCAGAGGCAUAGAUCGCGUGAGCCCUCCCCGGGGUUUCUUAGCAGGACCGCCACUCCGGGGAAAGCAGGUCAGACCAUUUCCGAGUCCGAGCUGAUGAGGAGGCGUCGGUUGCUUGACUCCCAUUUGAUCGUAACGGACCCGCCCAGAUAG